GUCCUGAGCUCCUACAUAAUCCCAUUUAACAGCCUGAGAAUAGCCUUACUUUAUCUUCCUAAAUAAUCCAAAACCACCUAGUACCAUCAACAUGUCCACCAUGAAUGCCAUCGUCAUAUCCACCCCAGGCCCCCCAAACGUCCUCAAACUCCUCCAACGACCAAUCCCCCAGCCCCGUGCAAACGAAGUCCUAAUUUGUAUCCGCGCUUUUGGUCUCAAUCGCUCAGAAAUGUUCACCCGCCAGGGCCACUCCCCCGUCCAAUUCCCACGCAUCCUGGGCAUUGAAGCCGUUGGCACUAUAGCUGCUACAGCCCCUGGUCUUGAGAAUCAGUUUCCAAAGGGUGCUUCCGUGGCCACAGCUAUGGGCGGGAUGGGGAGGGCGUUUGAUGGGGGGUAUGCGGAGUAUGCUUGUAUUCCGGCGAAGCAGGUGAGGGUGUUACCGAGGACGAGUCUGGGUUGGGAGGUGCUUGGUGCGUUGCCGGAGAUGUUGCAGACGGCGUGGGGAUCGGUGAUGUGGGCACUAGAAUUGAAGAAGGGGGAGAGAUUGUUGAUUCGUGGUGGAACAUCGAGUGUUGGGCUUGCGGCGGCAGCAAUUGCGAAGGCUCAUGGGGUUAUUGUUGGGGCGACAACGAGGAAGAAGGAAAGAGAGAAUAUGCUAACAGAGAACGGGGCGGAUGAGGUCUGGAUUGAUGAUGGGGCAGUUGCGGAGCAGAUUCGACAGGCAUCGUCAACGUCCUCAGCAGGAUUAUAUGAUAAGGUACUUGAGUUGGUGGGCACGGUUACGCUGGCGGAUUCAUUGCAGUGUGCGAGAAAAGGAGGGACUGUUUGUAUGGCUGGGAUUGUGGGGAAUGAGUGGUAUUUGGAGAAUGUGAAUCCGAUGGAGUUGAUUCCAUCUGAGACGAAGUUUACGGUUUAUGGGGGUGGGGUUGAGCAGUUUAUGAACAUGCCUUUGGAUGAUUUGGUCAGGAAGAUAGAGGCGAGAAAGUUGAAAGUUAAGAUUGGGCGUGUCUUUAAGAUGGAGGAUAUUGUAGAGGCUCAUCGGUGUAUGGAGAAUGAUGAGGCACAGGGGAAGAUUGUGGUUAUUCCAUGAUUUCUAUAGCAGACUUUCGUAUAUGACAAA